ACCCGCCGGUCCCACGUUUAGCCGUUCCGUAGUCACAUGACCGGAUCAGCUCCGUUCUGGUGCUUCUCCACGCAACCGCUCCCGAGCUCGUUGCCUCCCCACCGAGUUUUCUCUUUCUUCCUUCUUUCUCUUGAUAUCUUCUUGUAUCUUCUUAUAUCUUGCUAUAUCCUCCUAUAUCUCCUUCAUCUCCUCAUCUUCACCCCGCUCAGGCCUCCGUGCCGGCCUUCCUCCCAAUGACCAUCUCGGCUUCCUCCCCGGCAGUGGAUCCUGCCUCCGUCGCCUCUCCAAAGCCAUCCUCGAAUCCCACCUCAACAACAACAACAACCUCCUCCGCUCCUCCUUCCUCAAUCCCUCUUCAUUCUCACCAACCUGACUCCUCUUCUACUCCCUCCAAUUCCCAUCACCUCCCGCUCUCCGUCUCAACAACCGACUCCGUUGCCCAUCCUCGCAAACGGUCAAAAGUCUCUCGAGCCUGCGAUGAGUGCCGACGCAAAAAAAUCCGCUGCGACGCAACCCUCGACGGCGGCCCCGAGCAAUGCUCCUCCUGCCGCCGCGUCGGCGAAAAAUGCUCCUUCUCUCGCAUACCCAUGAAACGCGGGCCCAGCAAAGGCUACAUCAAAGAACUCGAAGACCGUCUCAACUCUCUCGAAAACUCCUUCGGCGUCGACGGCUCCCCCGCUACCCGUCGCAGCAGCGCCGUCUCCGUCGACGUCCGCGCUUACCCCACCGACUCUUCCGCUGCCUCCUCCGCAAACCCCUCCAACGGCCACAAAAACAGCAUAAGCAGCACCGGCUCCAAUACCUACCCUGCCGACUCCCCAAACUCGCAGUACUCCGGCUCCUUCACCUACGCCUACGGUUCUCCCAGCACCGUCAUCGGAGACCAAUCCGCCCGGCCCCGCACUGACUCCGCCCACUCCUUGCACUCCCUUCCCCCUCCUGCGGCCGCCGCUGCUAAUCCCCCCCACCAGCAGCAGGUCCUCCUCAACUCCCCCACCCUCUCUCUCUCUCUGCCCGGCCAGCGCAAGCGCGCCUUCUCAAGCACUAUGGAGUACUCAAACGACCGCGCCCGCCAGCAGCAGCCUUCUCCCAUGGCUCCCAUCCGCCAGCAGUCUCUCAGCUCUGGCAUGGGCAGCGCCGCCGCCGGCACCGGCGGUCUCCUCCCCGAGCGUCUGCCUUCAAUCGACAGUCUGAGGUCAAGCACAAACACAAACCAAUUGCCCCCGCUGCAGUCAUCUACCCAUGCCGAAUCUGUCUAUAUGGCUCCUCCUAAUGGCUCAACCCAUCUCUGGAAACCAUCCUACGGCGGCAGCAGGCUUCCUGCCCACCGCCCUGCCGACGACGAAAAUAGUCCCCGCACUCCCCAACCGCCCAACGGAUUCUCUCGUCAUAAUCAGCAGCUCUUGCAGCAGCAGCAGCAGCAGCCAUUCGCGGCUCCGGCCCCGGCCCCGGCUCCGCAGCAGCUGCAGCCCUUCCCGCGCCAGCUCCACCGACAUUCCAUCGGCACCGGCAUGAUGGGCUCCUACGACCCUGUCAUGUCAUCCUCAGCCGGUCAUACUCCAACCGACUCUCUAAGCAGGCGGGGUUCAGUAGACUCUGGGUUUACAUUCAGCUGGGACGACGACGUCAUCGACGCCUACUACUCACACAUUCAUCCCAUCCUGCCCAUCCUUGCCCAAUCGCGCUCCAAGCUACGGUCGCGUCUGGUUGCGUCAACAGUUCCCGCCCGCAACGCUUGUCUUUCUGCACUCUAUGCUCUUGUGCGCGGCAUGAUUUUCCGCAAACGCAGCGACGAUGAUCUGCAGACGGCAGUCAAAUGGGUCAACGAGGCAAUCACCAGCCCCGGCCGGCUUUCGUUCGUGUCCUCGCUGCUCAUCGUCCAGACAAUGAUCCUCCUCGCGCUCGAAACCGUAAACCAUGGCCCCGCCGCGCUCGGCGACCACAUGCGCUCGUCAUCGUACUGGCUCGGUACCGCCGUCGGCAUGGCAUACUCUCUCCGCCUCAACUCCCUGAGCACAUCCACCCCCGGCGGCGUCGACGACAGCGACCUCGAUUCCGACGCGCGCUCGGGCCGUCGCACGUUUGUCGUGCUCUACAUCCUCGACCGCUGGACGUCGGUCUCGCUCUCGCAGCCAAUGAUGAUCUCCGACGACGCGCUCGUGCUCCGCUCUGAAGACUUGCUCAGCCUCACCCCCGUCUCCUACCACCUCGUGCGCUUCUCGACCGCGCUCGGCCACGUCAUUGGCGCGUGCUCGCAUUUCGAAGAAGACGCGGUGCCGGACGCGCGGCAUCAUCAUAUCGCGACCUUGCUCCGCGGCGAGCUCGAGCGCGUGCGCGAGUCCGUCGACGACCUAUGGGAGUCAAAACCGAUCCUCGAAGUCACAUACUGGCAUAUCCGACUCCUCACCCUCCGUCUGCUGCAGAACCCGGACCCGCAAGUCCUACUUGGUCCCGCAGUCCGCAUCGUGAGGUGCAUCGUACCCCAGCUCCUCGGUCGUCACCAGCAAAACGGCAGCGGCGGCGCUUCCUCCACUGGCGCAGCUGCCGCCGCAGACUCCAAGUCGCAGCAGCAAUCAAUGGCCCCGUUCGGCCACCACUUCCUCGCGCUCGCGACCGAGACCUUGCUCGACCUGACCGACAUCAGCGAGACCUGCGACGAAGCCUGGCGCUCGUUAAACUCCCUUCUCGACUCGCUCAUCCCGUCCCCUACCUCCGCGCCACCGACUUCCGCCGAAAACACCGACGGCGGCGGCGAUCACCAUUAUAACGAGACAUGGGAAGCUUGUGUGCGGAUGGCGAUUGAAAACAAAAAGUCGCGGACGGCGCGGAAUUCAAUCUCAGGCGCGUCCGUCGGCCCGGCCACGAUUGCAAACAAACCCGCCAGCGCCUCCCAACCACAAUCCGGCGGCGGCGCAGGCAGCAGUAGCGCCGGCGGACCUCCUGGUCUGUCGUCUGGAUUAGAGAGGUUAGCCUCGAUAGCGGUAGGCGAGAGCACGAGUAGCGGGAGUAGGAAUCUACUUGCGGUCGAGACGUCGCGGUUGCGGAGUGUAGGAUAUUUAUGGGUUUUGGCUUUAUGAUGAUGCUGUGUGGUGGUUGUUGUAUGAAUGUACCAGUAUGUUUUGGAUGUUUCGAAAAAAGGAGAUUUGUUUGCCGCGUUGGUUUGUAAUGUUGCGCGGGAGUAAGUUAUUUAAUGCUUGUAGUUUGUUGUUUUAUUUGUAGUUAUCUUGUCAUUUACCUUCUCUCUUAUUGCAGAAGGCCAAAAGAAUGUUUUUGUCAUCUAAUUCACAUAUUUCUUCGUUUUAAUCCUGUUUUGUGCGUUGUGUUGUGGUGAGUGGGAGAUGCCUACAGUAAUUGUUGUAU